GAUACACGAAGAAUAAACUAUACAAAUAACUCGACAUUCCUAAAGAUUGACGAGUGUCUGAUUCCGUCACAUCGGGUCACAUUUAUUUUUAGUGCAGUAAAACUGCCACACGUACAAGUAACUGGGCUAUUUAUUCUUCAUUUUUAUCAAUGGUUAAAUAUCUACCCGUACUUGGACUUAUUACUUAUUUUUAGUAUUGUAAAAUAUCUAUACGUAACUUGACAAGUCAUUUUUAGGAAAAGUAAAAUCCCUACAUGUAACUUGAGGAGUUAACUACUUUUAAUAUAGUAACAUUUCUACUCGUGGCUUGACAAGUUAAUUACUUUUAGUAUUGUAAGAUUCCUAUACCAUACGUAACAUGAUAAGUUAAUUAUCUUUUAUUAUAGAUCUAGUAACAUGUCUACACGUAUUUUGACUAGUUAAUUAUUUCUCGAAAACAGUACAAUUUUUACACUAUACUUAACAUGUUAUCUCUCGUAUACAGUAACAUUUUAACACGUAACUUGAACAUUUUCAGCACUAUGGAGAGUCUGACAAUUCCGGACGUGCCUCUGAUCUCUGGGGACUUUUUGUCCACCAUGAAACUGACUCUGGUGAAAGAAAUCUGCCGCAAGAAGAAGACACCGGUGCAGGUUCUAGAAGUCACACUGCAAGAAGAGCCGUCUGUCCACAAAGCCAUCAAGAAAAUAGGCCGCUUCAACGCCAAAGGCUGUGACUGCUGGUUCAACAUUCUGAGAGAAGUCAGUGUCAUGAACUCAGUCUCCCACCCCCACGUCAUGAAAAUGGACUGGGCCGUACGAUGCGAGGAUUACGUCGCCAUCUGCAUGCCUUUAUGUCCACGCGGGCAUCUCGGCCGUUCGUGUGUCCGUCUGAGCCAGGAGCAGAUAGAGAGGUGCUUCGUGCAGAUAGCCUGCGCUCUGAGGUACCUCCACGACAAACGCAUCGUUCAUGGAGACGUGAAGCCGGAGAAUAUCUUCCUUGACAGCGCCGACAACGCCUAUCUCGGAGACUUCGGGACCUCCUAUCUGUUGCAACUCGGGCAGGACUUGGUCAGCAAGUGGAAAGGAUCCCGGGGGUUUGUCCCGCCUGACGCUAUGCACACUGGACCUUGUGCUGUGAACCCUUUCCUGGCAGAAGCGUACGCCCUGGGCGCCACCCUCUGGGCGGUGUUUUUCAAGGUCAAACCAGUUGGGGAGGAUCUCCUUGCGACCGUGGAGUCUUGCAGCGUGAUGCCAGAUACAUACAGAGCCAUUCUGAUGAGACUUGUGCAGAAGAAAGCAGAACUUCGACACUCAAUCCACGCUCUCCUCGCCUUCAUACAUGUACACACCGACAGACUGAGAGGACUCAUUGACAGUUUGUAAAGACAGAUUGCCUACUGUACACCGGCUGGAGAUUUUUUUUUUCUCAAGCUGCUUUUUUUUGUUUUGUUUUGUUUUUGGGGAGCUCUUUGUUGUU